AUGUUUAUGCGACCUGUUUUGAACGAGACAACAAAUGCCACUAAAAGAUCUGAUUCUAAGGGCAAGGAGAUCGAAAGUGACAAGGAAAGGGUGCUUUGCUUUCUGAAGAAUACCUACAUGAAGACUAGGGAUCAUUCUCUGAGAUAUGACCUGAAGAAAUGCCUAGAGAUAAUUGAAGGAAAGGAGAACCAGGAGAUUACCGACCUCCGAAAUGCCUUGGAGGAAGCCCUUGUUGAGAACGAGGCUCUGUUUGCAGAGAAAUGCGAGCUCGCUGUUACUCUUGAAUGUAUGAAAGCAGAAAAGGGGGAAUGA